UAUGGUAAGAUGGAGUCGGUGUGUACGUACGCGGCCCCUUUCACUGACAAUGCUGAUAAGUGUCCUAUCCCUUGUUGGUGGUUCCUUUAAUGAAACUGGAGACAUCAAAUCUACACUCUUAAAUAACAAAAAUAAUUGAUAGUAAUCGAUGACACACAGUUUUGUGAUCAAAACAAUAUACUGAAAGAAAAGAGAAGCUGGUAGAAUGAUGUUUCAAACGUGUUACAUUAUCCAGUUAGUUGGCCUUGUGCUUUCUGUUAACGGUUUGAAUUGUUUGGCGGGCUUCCUUUUGUCAGCUGAUCAUCUUCCUUGAUUUACAGUAGAUUAUGAAUGUCGCUUGCAACCGUCAUGAUGACAAUUUCCCAAUCUUGUUUAUCGAUUUCAAUCAAGAUUACACUUACAAAUCAAUUCAUGCAUCCUCCAUUCCUCUAUGAAAUAAAUAGAAACACAUUAGAGUUGAAGAUAUGCGAGUAGAUAUCUAUGGCUUAGUAAUUAUUGACGUAACUGGCGGAACACUUUGAUCGUGCUUUUACUAGCCUUGAGGCUUAUGCAAAGGCAGUCCUAGGACUGAUGUCUAGAUCCAUGUUUAUAGUGUAUUCCUUAUACCUUUUUAACGAGUUGGCCAGUCAUUACAUAGAUAGUUUAAACUCAUUUUCAUGGACUUCUGAAACUUACGUCAAUCCACACUUGUGUAAUUCCUUAUGUUGACUAUACUUAUGUAACCAUAAGGUAAUAGUAGCUCUCAUGGGAAAUGUUCUUCGCAAAGCCGAGCAUAUGAGGUCUUACUUGGUUACCAAUUCGUAUUUCAACCUAAGCUGCUUGGUUUAAACCUGCAGUAUUUAAGUGUGACAAUAGAUUAUACCCUCUGUGGAUAAGUAGUUAUAUCCUAGACAAAUACCCCUACAGAGUUUUGUGCUUAAUAACUAAACAUAGCUUUCUUGGCACUUUUCCAUUUGUAAUACUAUCCAGAAAGCGUAGCGUUUUUCUCAAGUGCUCGACGUAAUCAAGAAAAAAUUGCUUAGUGAAGCGGUUUUACGCAUUCAUCCAGCACUCUCAAUAAAGCAAAUGUACGUUUGUUUUAACUUUCUAAACAUCAUUGCACUACAAUGCCCAUUAAAUGUUGGUUUUUGUCUUGUUAACAAACCCGAAGUAAGCGAAUACCAUGAUCUUCGAUACAUCGUUUGCUGUGAUUUUGUUCUUUCUCUUAGAAAAAAGUUUAACUUAUCACCCUCUAAAAACUACUCAGUUACAGAAGUCUUUUACUUAUUUCGAUUUACAUAAUAAGCGUCAUAUAAUAAACGUGUUUCGAUAUCUAAAAAGAGACUAUAAUUUGGCAAUUUUGCUCUAUCCUAACUUUAUGCAACUUAGUACAAGUGUAACGGUCAGUGUUUCUAUUUUUACCUCUACUGUAUCACAUUUGACUCCUCACAAAACUCCUUCCUAGUUCACAAUUCUUGAUACAAUCAUUUGAAGCAAUUGCUUUCAAUUGUAUGAUAACUAUCAAUCAUAAUACUAUUCGCGUCCAACUACAGUUCUCGGCUAUUUCUCAUUCAUUUUCUACACAUUAUUUUUCAUCUGUUUCUAUUAAGAGUUGUAACAGCUCAAACUCUUACCAGUAGUAGACUGAAUUGGAUACUGGUUCAGCUCAAGAAAUAUCGCAAAAUCGAAAUUACUGUUUACCUAAAGUUGUAAAUGAAACCACGAUAUAUAUCAUGCAGAAUAUUAUUCUAUAACUUCAUCAACAUCCAUCGGAGUUUAAAUGUUCGGGUAGCAUUGUUGACACACAUCAUGCGUUUCGCUCAGACUUUAGCUCACAAACUCUGUAAAGUUGGAUUUAUCUGACACUUACUAAAUAAACAAUAGUUGGAUCUAUUUGGUCUCAUGUCGUCUAGAAAUAUCUGAUUACUCUUUAUUCCAUGUAUUCACAUUUUUUUCUGUUUAUCGGUAUAAUUUUAUUCUGUUUUCUUAAGCAGCUAAGCUUUAUCAGUCACCAGUUUUUAUUCUGCAUUCCGACCUUAAACUUAAGUCAGUUGAUAUUAAGAUGACAGGGUAUGUAAUCCUUAGUCACAAAUCAUUUAAUCAUUUUUUAGAAAAGAAUGAUAAUUUUACUGUGAAAGAGCGAGUAAUCACAAGGCAUGAGACCUGUAGCUCACUUGAAAUGCUACCUUGGUUAAUUUACACUCAAAAAGUGAUAGCUGUUAUCAAUCAAACUUACUUCGGUGUAUAUACAUGUAUAUGUUUCUUUAUACCAUAGAUCUAUUCAAGUUGGAACAAAAACGGGAUACAGCCUCCUAUCAACUGUUGGUGAUCAGGUGACUGAGACAUUUUCUUCUACCGGUGAUCCUAUGUGUAUUGUUGGAAGAUUAUUUAAUCGAAGCUUAGUUACAUUGGUCUCACAAAACGAUAUGCGCAGACUACUAGUUGCACAUUCCAGAAUAAACACAUUGAUAUGCCACUAUCGUUAUACCCUGACUAUAUUAGCUGUUAAAAUGAAUCAUCAGCGUUUAGUAGUUUGUGUAGAAGAUGGAAUAUUUAUUCAUAAUAUGCGUGAUAUGCAAUUACUGCAUAAAGUUGAAGAAACUCCACCUAACCGAAACGGUGUUAUUGCUUUAUCGGCCAAUGAAAGCAAUUGCUAUUUAGCCUAUCCUGGCUCUCAUCGUGUUGGAACUGUUUUCAUUUUCGAUGCAUUAAGUUUUCAAAAUGUUACGUCUAUCGCUGCUCAUGAUGGUCUACUAGCAUGUCUUACAUUUAACGCGAGAGCUAAUUUAUUAGCGACUGCAUCAGAAAAAGGCACUGUAAUACGAGUGUUUUCUAUUCCACAAGGAGAAAAAGUUAUUGAAUUUCGUCGUGGACUUACUCGCUGUGUAUCUAUCUGCUCUCUAUCAUUCAGCAUGAAUAGUCAAUAUCUUGUUGCCGCUAGUCAUACAGAAACGGUGCAUAUAUUCAAAUUGGAAAGUCGUUCUUCUGAAAAGACACCUGAAGUUCAAACUGAUCACUAUACUAGACAGCGUACUACGUCUUCUAGUUCUGGAGCCAGUCAAACUGCUGGAUGUAUUAUAGAUGAUUGCGAUCCGCCUUCAUCUGAUGAUAUUGGCACAAAUUACCCGGGAUGUAUAGAUAUAAAUACUGCUGGUUUAGAUAAUACAAAUACCACAACUGGUGCAGCAGCAGCCACUAUGGCCAGUUGGAGUCAAGGUCUAAUGGGAUGGAUGGGAAGUACUCUAAAAACGUAUUCUGUUUAUCUACCACAUCAGGUCUCCGAAAUAUUUGCUCAAGAUCGUGCGUUUGCAUAUGCUCGAAUACCAUAUGCAUCAGUUAAUAGUCCAUUUCGUCCACCAGGCAGUGGUAGUCCUGUGACCAUGACUCCAACCGGAGAGUUGGUUAAUCUUAAUUAUGUUGGUUCGACACCUUCAAUUCCUCAAGGUAGUCUUAUGCAAUUGUCACCGGGGCAAAGGAAAGUGGCCGCUCUUGUUUAUUAUCAAAAUCAACCACGAUUAAUUGUCGCUGGCCUAGACGGUCUUGUGCAUAUUUUCUCUAUUGAUCCAGUCAAUGGUGGUGAAGGUGUUUUAAUAAGAACUCAAAGAUUACUAUCUCCACUUUCAACAAAUAAUCAACCAACUAGUAUAUCAUCUGUAGCAAUGAAUCCUAAUUCACCGUACGAUUCAAACUCUCUCCCAGCAUCUAAUAUUACUAACAGUAAUACUAAUAUUUCUACCGGAGAUGGUAAUGCAUCUAAAAAUGUCAAUUGUAUUCGAACUGGCGGGCCGCAACAACCAGGUGUUUAUGCAUUACCAGCGUCUGUUGCUACAACUAUCAAUCUAUCCAGUGGCAGUAAUCCAGGCGUAGUUACAACUGGUAAGGUCAAUACAUUCGCAUCAGUUGUUGCUGGUGGUUUAAAAGAUGAAAACACAAGUGUUACUGGUGUGAAUCAAUCACCGAAUUCCGUGAAUUCAAGUUGUCAUGAUGAGUGAAUGAACCGAUAAUGUAAAUGGAUCAACACAACCCCACUUCACACACAUCAAGAAAGAUUUAUCUACACUGCAAUAUCAUUUCAAGUUUAAGUGUUGUCGUCAUCAUAGUUGUUAUUUUUAUUAUUGUGGAACAAUCGGCCAAAUGAUUCCAAUUGUGUAUUUUGGCUAGUUCAUUAUCAUCUACAGUUUAUUUUUGUCAUUCAAAGUUUUAUGUACAAUGGAUUCUCGAAAACGAUUAUUUCAGUUGUUAGUCUGCUUUUAUCGUUUUAUUUCUUUGGGUACCCACUUUGUUAAGUAUAACAAACACACACACUGUCAUCUACUUUUUCCAAAUAUUGUUAGAGUAAAGGAAACUGGAGAAUAUAACCAACAUACACAAUCACAUACUCUUUCGCAUCAUGUUUAGGUUUUUCUAACCAUCUUUAUUUUCACAAAUUUCAUUUGGCGUCUAUUUCCCAUCACCCAAUAAAUGCCUCUGUGUAUAUCGAAAAAAGUGAUUCUCAGCCAAGGAUAGACAAUGAAUUAAGACACAAACUACUUGGUCUAUUCAACCCUGUAAUAUUUCUCUCUUUUUUUUUUAUAUCAAGUUCGCCAUCUUUAUUUUUGACUUAUUCACAUUGUUGAUUGUCCUUUUAUUUGUCAUUACUUGUUGCUAUCUCUUUUUUAACUGCCUGAAUAAACUGAGUAAACCGUACUAAUCAUUAUCAUCGUUAUCAACUAGGAGUUUCUUGAUUAAUAUGGCAUUGUGAACUUGUUUUCUAUUAGUUGAUGCAUUGAUUACUUCUCUAUGAAUUAGUCAAAUGUAUGCUUAUUAUUAUUACUUCCCAUUUCUAUUUCAUCGAAUAGUGAACUAUUCUUUCUGUACAAAUUUUGUUGUCCUAAAACUAAAAAAGGAGUCAAUUCACUCUUUGAUGACAGAUUUUCAUUAAUCAGCUGUCCUUAUCUUUAAACUUUGUAUUUUUUACAUUACUAUUGGCCCUGUUAAUAUUACCUAUAUAUAUAUAUAUAUAUUGAGCAUCUCACUCUUAUCCCUAUCCUUUUAUUAUUAUUAUUAUUAUUAUUAUUAUUAUUACUACUACUUUGAAACUGUGAUUCGCAUACUGUUUGUUUCCCAUUUAUCUAACUGUGCUACUUGUGAGUUGUUGAAAUAGAUGUGAAUUGGUGGUAUGUUAGCAUGGUUUUGCUUCUGAAAUAUUAUUAUUAAGAAUUCUUUUUGAACAUAUUCCAAAGAAAAAUUUCAGAGGAUAUGCUAGUCUUCAUAGUUCAAGCUCGCCUCACCUGUUGGACAUGGGACACAUGGUAGAUACAAUAUGGGUAUUGGAUGCAGACAACAAACAAUACAAUUGAACUGUAUUGAAAUUCUCUGAUCUUUGUGCUCAGUACGAGUCUGAGAUCAACCAGUAUUUGUCUAGAUAAUUUAAAAAGAACCUUGUUAAGAGGUUAGUUCUCCUUUUAUAUAGAAUUAUAACUUCCGUUCAAUGAUUUCAACUCGGUUUUCCCAUUUCACUCUUCUUAUAUUUGUUACCUAUUAAAUUUGCUUGACCACUAGUCUCCGUUAAAUAAACCGUGAGAGC